UUCUUGCUCGCGUCUCUCCUCGUUCUCGCUCUUCUCCGACCCUUGUACUCCUAGAUCGCUGCUCUGCUGGUGUUUGUCCGGGUCUCGUUCCUUGAGGAGGGAUGAAGCGGCUGAUCCGGCGGCUGUCGAGGGUGGCGGACUCGUCGCUCUAUUGUCCGCUGCAGACCGCGAAGGGGGGCCAGCGGGCGUCCAAGGGGGAGGAGCGGCGGCAAGUGCCGGAGGGGCACGUGCCGGUGUGCGUCGGGGAGGAGAUGGAGCGGUUCGCUGUCCCGGCGGAGCUCCUCGGUCGGCCGGCCUUCCUCGAGCUGCUCCGCCGCUCCGCCCAGGAGUACGGCUACGAGCAGCAAGGUGUCCUCCGGAUCCCCUGCCCAGUCCCGCUCUUCCGUCGCCUCCUCCUCCUCUCCUCCUACUCUUCCUCCGGCGCCGCCGCAGUCGCUGAUCCCGCCCUGGAAGAGCUCUUCCGCUCCCUCCCCGACGAGGACCGGUCGCCCGCCGCUUCACCGACCUGAGUAUCACGCCCGUUACCGCCUCUUUUCCCAUUUUGCCCUUCUCGGUGUUUAAGUAUGCAGCCAGCGCCUAUGGCGUAGAAGAGGGGCAGUUCAGGGAUUUAAUAUUUCCCUCGCCCUUUAUUAUUAUUAUUUUUGCUUUUUAAAGAGAGUAUUUAAUUUAGUGGAGUGAGGAAGUAUGGGACUUUCAAAUACGUGCAGCUUUGAGCUAAUGUAUAUAUUUUUUUUCUUGGCUAAUGACAAUGCUCUUUCAUUAUCAUA